GGCUCUCCUCAUCCUUCUCUCCACAAUGCCCCAAGCUUCCGAACAUCGCAUGAGCCGGGCUCGAGAACAAGCUGUCAUCACCUCCCAGCCGAAAGCCACCACCAAGCUUCCCAACGGGCCACGGGCCCCGAGCCAAGAGCACCGUGGCUGCUGCCCCUCCUCAGCCCUCUCCAGCGGGCUCUCCGCAACAUCGAAGCUCCGCCCUUUGCCGCCCAGGCCGAGCAACUUGGAUGACCGGAGCAAGAAGCUGGAGCUGGAGCGAGGCAGGACCUCGAAGCGCUGCGACAUGCCGCGGGCCGCUGCUUCCCGCCGGGGACCGGUCAAAGCAGAUCACGCCCUCCGAGUGCCCAGUUGCCCCCAGGCAAGCAUGGUCUCCGGCAGCACUUCCUUCACCAUGCCCCCCGGGGUCCUCCUCGGCGGGCCGGACUCCGAGUGCCGGCGAAGCAACCUGCUCCGCUCCAAGUCGAUCAGCAUCGGGGACUUGAGCCACCCCGGCAGCCGUGGCGAAGAGCAGCUGAGCGCGGUGCUGAACCGGCUCACCCUCCGGGACCGCAGCCCCUCGUGCAGCCACAAGCUUGGCCUGGGCGCCCUGGCCCUGAAGAGGAGUUCUUCGCUCCGGAGGGUCAACGUGACCUCCGGCCUGGAUGGGAGGCCCACCGCCCCGCUCUUGUCCGUUCGCACGGAAGGUUACCUGAGGACUUGCCCCAUCGACCCGCAGGCCACCGAGUACUCUCGUUCCCAAGACAUCUUGGUGUCAACGAGCCCGCCUCAGAGCAAGACCCCUGUUCUGAGCAGGCUGGAGGAGAAGGCAACUACCCAUCACACUCUCCUACUGGGCUCUGGGCACAUAGGUCUCCGCAACCUUGGCAACACGUGCUUCAUGAACGCGGUGCUGCAGUGCCUGAGCAGCACCAAGCCCUUGCGUGACUACUGCCUCCGACGGGAAUUUCGGCAGGAGCAGCCCUGCACACUCCGGACCCAGCAGGAGUUGACUGAAGCCUUCGCAGACGUCAUCGCCACAUUGUGGCACCCCGAUUCCACCGAGGCCGCCAACCCCAGCCGCUUCAAGGCCGUCUUUCAGAAAUACGUUCCGUCUUUUACAGGAUACAGCCAGCAAGAUGCUCAGGAGUUUUUGAAGUUCCUCAUGGACCGGCUGCAUGUGGAGAUUAAUCGGAAGGGGCGGAAAAGUCCCUGCAUCCUCUCGGAUGCCAAGUGGCCCUCGGUACUAGAGGAAUCCGAAACUUUGAGUGACGAUGAGCAAGCCAACCAGAUGUGGAAACGUUACUUGGAAAGAGAAGACAGCAAGAUAGUAGACCUCUUCGUUGGCCAGUUGAAGAGCUGUCUCAAGUGUCAAGCGUGCGGCUAUCGGUCAACCACCUUCGAAGUCUUCUGUGACCUUUCCCUGCCUAUCCCGAAGAAAGGGUUCGCUGGUGGGAAGGUCUCUCUGCUCGACUGUUUCAGCCUUUUCACCAAAGAAGAGGAGCUGGAUUCUGAAAACGCACCGGUAUGUGACAAAUGCCGACAGAGGACCCGAAGCACCAAGAAGCUCACUCUCCAGCGCUUUCCCCGCAUCCUUGUGCUACAUCUCAAUCGGUUUUCCACCACCCGCUAUUCCAUUAAGAAAUGUACUGUGUAUGUGGAUUUCCCCCUCCAGCAGCUCAACCUGAAGGAGUUUGCCAGCGAAAAGGCUGGCACCCCUGUGUACAACCUCUACGCCCUGUGCAAUCACUCCGGUAGCGUCCAUUACGGUCAUUACACGGCCUUCUGUAAGGAUCAGUCUGGCUGGCGGGUGUUCAAUGAUUCCCGGGUGUCACCUAUCAGUGAGAACCAGGUCCCCUCAAGCGAAGGUUACGUUCUUUUCUACGAGCUGGAUGACUUGCACUGGAAGAAGUAGUAAAAAGUAUUGACUCGCAGCCCUUUGACCUUCAGCCCCUCUUACCUCAGAGACUGGCGCUUGGGUCUUUUAACACUGAAAGAAAGAAGGGGGGAAAAAACAGUGGCGAAAAAAAAGAAUAAUAAAACCAACAAACGAUUACCGCGUCAGGUUAGUUUCUCGAGAGGCCAACUGGCCUGGUUCUCCAACUCUUUCCCACAUCUUUAUCCAGGUUUAUUUCGGCUUUUUUUUUUUUUUUUUUGUGCCUCUGUGGGGUUUUUCUGCUCCUACACUCCCUGGAAUUUUAAGGCAAGCCGGGGGGGAGAAACGUGGAUCUCAUAGGAACACGGGGAUUGUGGGUGGUUGAAGCCUCAGAGGGUGAUACAGUACAUGACGUGGAGCGAAGCAGCAUUUUCCUUGUCUACGCGUCCAUUUUGCCCUCCCCCUUCCUCUCUACUCCCCCCCCAACCCUCAGGGCCAAAAUAAGGUGUGCUUAGUACACCCCAUUCCCCCAGUCAGAGACUGGGGUGUCAUUCUUGGUUUUAACGACUUUCUACAUAAUGAAGGCUUUGUUGUACAUAGAUGACCGAGAGAAAAAUGAAGAGCUUGACACUUUUUGUGAAUAAAUUUAUUUAACAAAAAAAAAA